CUGUCUGUGUCGUCUUAUCUUUAAAUGUGAUCUGACUUGGAUUAAUAUUCUGUUUUGCAUGUUGGGACGUGUUUAGCGGGGCUUCUACCGCAGCCCCGGCUCUCCAUUUUGUGAAUGAAAACUAUGUCUUGUAGGUUACGAUUAUCUGGCCAGUGAUUGGCUGUCAGUGAUUAGGCGCCAGCAACUGCUCGUCAUCGAUUGGCUCUCAUUGAUGCAGCUGACGCAGUAGAACCCACCCAUUAUUAUAAACGGUCGGAGUUGCGUACAGGCAGCAGCCGCCUUCAGAAAGAGGGGUAAAUUUUUUGGUAGGGGGCUGUGACGGAAUUACUGGUUGUUGGUCUGUUUAAUCAGUCUACAACGGUGUCUUCCACUCAUCUGUGUUACUAUUGUCAACCCCUUGCCAGAGUUCGAGUUUAGGAGAGGUACUCAAGAAAUGAAUGAAGUGGUGACCAGCAGCCCCAUGGAAGACAUGUGCCUCAGCACCAGCCAAGACCAGCACUCCUAUCAGAUUUUCCCAGACCCAACAGACUUUGAAUGCUACUGCAAGUUGAAAGACCAUCUGCCCUGCAUUGUUGUAGAACCCACAGAGGAUGAGGUGGAAAGUGGGGAGCUGCGCUGGCCCCCUGAGGAACUUCUUGUCAGUGAUGACAAGGAGGAAAAGACUGAAAACAAGACUGUGCAACCUGUUCCAACCAGCCAACCUUGAAUGACUUUAGGUGGAACCUAAACAAAUGUGGUGCUCAUGCUUUCUCAAACAUGCACGACUUGUACCUCAACUCUGGAUCAAUAGAACGGGGAGUAUAAGUCUGACACUACAGCAGCCAUGGUGAAUUGACAUGGUCUCAUGACUAGUGCUUAAGUCUUCAGAAAUGUCACAAGGACUCAUUUAUUUGAUUUGUGUAGUGUCCAUGGUGGUGGGAAGGUCUGAAGCUGGGAGAUGCCUUGUCAGCUCUAGUCACUACAGUCCUUUAACCUAACUAUUGAUAGGAUCAAGGUGGAGGAAAGAUGGAUAACUUAAGGCUGCACACAUUCUUUGCAGACUUGCCAUUUUGAGUCUCUUGUAGGCCAGCUUUACCAGUAGCCAUAUGGAUAAGGUUGUCUAAACGGCAUAAUGGUACUUGCAUCUCAAUGACUGCAGCUCCCAAAGGGAAUUUUGUGAACUACUGAAACCUAGGAGAACUUUGGGAGGGUAAAAUGGCCAUUUUAAGGCUAAAUGUAGUCAUCUGACUUGCUCCAGGUUUAAUUUUCAGAUGUGUAACACUCAGUUCCAAACAUGUCUUACUGCUUCCAGUGUUUAUGAAUUAUCCACUCAACCAUCAGAAAGCAUUCAUCCUAGUCAAAAUGCUUUGACUCAAACAUUGAAGAUUAACUGUGAAAAGGUAAACAUCCCCUUUAUGCAAACCCUGUCAUAUCACUGUGUAUAAUGACUUGGUUGGGCCCUUGUUGCAAUGGUUUUGUCAGUGUUGUGCAGCAUGAACCAUAUUUCCUUGUAGUUCCCCUCCCAAAUGGAGGUAAUAGAACAGGACUGAUUUUACACUGAAGCUACAUUGCUAAUGUGUAGAGCAUUAGCUAAGAAGGAUGCUAAGGGAUUUUGCCAAACAAAAUGGCUCUAGAACAACCUUCAUGUAACUUGUCUGCAGCACACUAAUAUACUUUUGAAAGUCAAACAGUUGUGUGAACUCAUUUGAAAUGUUCAUCCCAAAGUCAAGGAUUGCUACAAGGAAUCUAGCUGGUCCUUUUUCAUAAAGCAUGUGAUACACAAUGAGCACUAACCUCCUGUUGUGGGUGUAGUCAGGGUUUGGUCUCAAAGGAGAUGUUUGCCAUUAUCUGCCUUGCAUUUGUAUCGCUGUACACUUAGUUUUGGAGUAGCUCUAUUAAAUGUGCUUUUGGGCUAAUUUUUUUUCUUCUCUCUCCUCCCUAGAGCUCAAGGUAAUGUGACCAAUUCUUGUGUGUGGGUUACUUUCACCACAGUAUUUCCUUCCCCUUAUCUUUAGUGGUCAGUGUGACAUGUCUAACAGAAUUGUGAGAUUAAUGUUGACUGGAGAAAGUGAGACCUGUAUUCAUGCUGCCUUUCAAGCCUAAAAAAAAAAAUUAAAGGUAAUGUUCAGUGGUGCAGGAGCUGGUCUUCUAGGGUUUCUAGUAAUUAUACAACUGAGACACUUAUCACCUAGAUUGAGGAAUAUUUUCUGUAAUAUUUGUUAUUACACUAUCUUUAAUGUUACUAAAGGAGGGUGCUGGUCUCUACCUCUAGAGGCAGAGUAAUGAGGGUCCCCUGCAGCACUCAUACUUUACUUAACCACUGCAGUAGCAAAGCAGCCCCCCAUAAUACUCCUCCCUAAGAGUUGGUAGAUGGUGGUUCUGGUCAAAGGCAGCAUUCAACUUGCACUAGACAGGGCAUCUGAAUUUGUUACUAAAUUCUACCUUUUGACUCAAUCCUCACAUAAGAAUCAAACCUUAAAACCAUUUUGGCAGAUUAGUUAGAGAUAAUUAAUCUGGUUAAUAUAGAAAGUGAUUCUGAUAACUUUGCAAAAGGGGGACCUCCAAUGUAGGCUUUUCCUCUUCUGCUAUAAAACUGAACUGUAGACCAUCUUACCAGUAAACCAUUUGCACUUUGUUUUUGUGCACCAUAGGCAGCAAUAAAGCUAGACAUAUCCUUACUUUCUCACUUAUGAAGGUGCACUUCUGAAUUUUGACUAAAGUAAAAAGGUCUACUAAGGGGGGCAACUUUAACAGCGUUGCAAUUUAAAGAAGGCUCAGACAUCCAAAUGUCCUUAAAAAUGACUAAACAGCCAAAGGGGCAUG